GACACCUCCGGAGAAGGGAAAAAAGAAAAUCCAAGGACGUUUCCGAUGAGAGGAGUGGGCGGUCCAUUGCUCUGCAUCGGCGAUCUCCUGAGCGACGUCGCCGCCGACGACAGUGGAGAUUCCGGUAGCCAAGAAGGUUCUCCUCCUUCUUCUCCAACUGUGGCUUCCGGCAAUCCCGUCCACCCGUCUCAUCUCCACCAAUUGUUCGAGGAGAACUAUGAUCAGUUGGUCAAGUCACUGUCAGGGCAUGAUCACUCAUGGACUGGUUUAACACUGAAGCUCUGCAGUGCUCUAAAGACAGCAGAUAAAUUGGUGAGUUCGGCCAAUGCAAACUCUAGCUUGCUACUAGAAAAGGUGGAAAUGCUCGAGAGUAUUAUAAAGCGUGGUGACUCAGCUGUAGAAGCUGCAAAAGCCAUCCCCAACAUGCAAACGGGAAAUUCCUUGACUUCUUUGUGAUGACGGAUAGCUAUCUGAAAUCUUUAAUAAGUUUGUUUCUCUCAUUAUAUUAAGUCAUAAUUAAUCAUUGGUUGAUUUUGAAGUCAAGAUUUGAAUUAGUCAUAUUGUUCUUAUGCUAAGUUUUGACCCAAGAAAAACAGAAGUUUUCGUCUGUAAUGCUUCUUCAGUUUUUCUCUUUUAUAUGGCUUAUUUUCUCC